UUCAAACUAUGUUGUGCAGUUUAUAAACUUACACCUAAUAUACUUCUGUGUUGAAUCUUUAAAUUGUAUCUUAGUGUUUUGCGCUCUCAAUUAUAAUGUUAUUUAUGUGUUUUGUUUACACAUGUCAUUAGAAACCUACCUUUUAUGAGUUAGAAACUGACAGCAGUUUUUGCGAAUUAAUUUUACGUGCCGUGCAGAGUUAGCAAAGGGACAGUCUGCUCACUUCACAGAAGAACAUGUAAUACUUGCAGACUGUCUGUGCAAUACAAGGCCACCAUAAAUUACGAACUUCUUCAGAUACUGUCUACAAACAGAGUUACUAAUGUGUAUCAACUUUCUUAUAGACAAGCAUGGCUAUGCAGCUCUUAGAUUUUCUCAUGUGUAAGCUGAGCAACAGCAUUACUUGCACAGAUUUCAGUGCUUGAGUUUGAUUUUGCUUAGGAGAUGGGGGCUGCUUCUCUUGUUGUAUUCGUAAAUAACACAGGUACUUUGCAACUAUAAAGCUGAUACUAACUGGGUAGUUUUUCAAAAGAUGAUGAUAUGACCUGGGAGAAUCUAAAGCCUCAUGUCUCCUAUCUUAAAGACAAAUAGAGUUCAGCAUUAGAAGGUUUCUAAAGAUUUUAUUACUGGUUGAACAUGAUACUUUGUUAACAUCUUCAGUUUCUAAAUCUACUUUUUCAUUUCAAAUCUGUCAUAACUUAGUAAGAUGCGUGUAGCUGUUCCUAUAGCUUUCCAUUAGACCAUCUUCAAAUAAUGUAAAAUGGCUAACUGAAUUUGGAGGUUUUGGGUAUACUUUCUUACAGCAGACCAAGAUACUCUUUCAUACUAAGAUACAGGGUAGUUUUUUUCAUAUUAGUAUAUGGGAGCAUAUUUGUACAUCAUUGCUAUCUUUUUUCCAGCUAGAGUUUAAUUAGCUAAAAUAGUUUGUUUACUGUCAAGAUUAUUGUGAUGCGGUAAGCAUACUUUUGGAGUAAAAGUGAGUAAUGUUUAAACCCAAGAGUCCUUAAAUUUUAAAAUAUUAGAAGUCAUAUCUUUAAGUAUAACUGCUUUGAUUCAUGUGGGUUUGGUAUAGAGUGAACUGAAAAAAAAUGCUUCUUAUUUAGGCUCUUACUUUCUCCAAUGUUCAAGAAUCCACAGGCAUACCUUGUGUUGCAUGAGUACUGUUGUGAUUAAAAUUGUAGAUAAUGCAAAAACUAGGUUCGUGCCAACACUUACACCUGCCCAUUAGUUAAAUGAUAGUUUUCAGAUGACAACAUUUGGUAAAACUAAUUUGCUUGUCAUGUUCUGUUGUUCUGUUUCCACGACUGACUUGCGGCACAGAGUGUGCUUUUAAUCUCAGUCUUUGUUCCAAAACUGAGUUUAGUCCCUCCUGUGGGUCUCCCAGAUGUUGCAGAACAGUUUUUCUUUGGUCGGUGGCUUCACAGGUCAGUUCAUCUUCUGGGACCCAUCCCUGCCUUCUGGUUAAGGAAUCUAUGCACACAUACAGGAUGACUCAACAGAGGGAUGGAUGUUCAGAUACCAGAAAGGUGCUGGUAACUUGACAGGAACUUCCACAUUCUUUGGAGGGACCUACUGUACGUGAGACCUUUCAGGAAACUGUGCAGUUUGAAUACAUCAAAUCGUUCCAGUAUCUGAAACUUUCGUGAUGAAGAGAGCUAGGCAGAAGGUUGUGGUUGAAAAGGAAGCUCCUCAAACAUCACAGAAAAGCAAAAAACAGAAAACUUGUUUAUAUGGCUCAGUGUUUGGUGAAUCUGACUUGCACACCUCAAUGGACUGGGGAAGCCUUCCGCACCAUGUUAUUCUGCGUAUUUUUCAGUUUCUACCUUUAGUAGAUCGAGCCAGGGCAUCUUCUGUUUGUCGAAGGUGGAAUGAAAUUUUUCAUAUCCCAGAUCUCUGGAGGAGAUUUGAAUUUGAACUUAGCCAGCCAGCUACUUCUUACUUAAAGUCUACACAUCCUGAUCUCAUUCAGCAGAUUAUCAAGAGGCAUGCUGAUCAUCUGCAGUACGUCAGCUUCAAGGUUGAUAGCAGUACUGAGUCAGCAGAAGCAGCCUGUGACAUCCUUUCUCAGUUGGUGAACUGUUCUAUCAAGACACUGGGUUUGAUUUCUACAGCAAAACCAAGCUUCAUGAAUGUCUCUAAGGCCCAUUUUGCUUCAGCACUGACAGUAGUUUUUGUAAACUCCAAGUCAUUAUCAUCAAUCAAGAUAGAUGACACACCACUUGAUGAUCCUUCCUUGAAGGUUCUUGUUGCUAACAAUAGUGAUACUCUAAAACUGCUAAAAAUGAGCAGCUGUCCUCAUGUAUCACCUGCUGGAAUUCUUUGUGUUGCUGACCAGUGUCAUGGACUUAAGGAGCUGGCUUUGAACUACUACAUAUUAAGUGAUGAACUGCUGCUGGCUCUUUCAAGUGAAAAACAUGUUGAUCUUGAACACCUUCGCAUAGAUGUUGUGAGUGAAAAUCCUGGACAAGUUCAAUUUCACACUAUUAAAAAGCAAAGCUGGGAUGCUUUUGUUAAACACUCCCCCAAAGUCAACAUCGUGAUGUAUUUCUUCUUAUAUGAAGAAGAAUUUGAUGCUUUCUUCAGAGAGGAAACCCCUGUUACACACCUUUACUUUGGUCGUGCAGUAAGCAAAGCAAUGUUAGGUCGUAUUGGCAUGAAUUGCCCAAGGUUAAUUGAGUUGGUUGUGUGUGCUAAUGGACUUCAACCUUUGGACGACGAACUUAUUCGGAUUGCUGAGCGCUGUAAGAACUUAACAGCAAUGGGACUUGGUGAAUGUGAAGUAACUUGCAGAGGUUUUAUUGAAUUUGUAAAGAUGUGUGGGGGCAGGCUUACCCAGCUUUCUAUAAUGGAGGAGGUACUGAUUCCAGAUAGUGAUUAUAGCUUAGAUCGCCUUCAUUUGGAAGUCUCCAAACACCUUGGAAGAAUGUGGUUUCCUGAUAUGAUGCCAACGUGGUAAAUUCUCUACAUUUUUCAGUAAAAUGGUAGAAUCAGGGUGUUGCUUUCUAUGCAAAUAAAAAAUUUAAAAAUGAAAUGUGAGAAUUUAUUUCCAGAUUUGAGUUUUUCUACCAUGAGAACCUCUAGUAGUGUAACAGCAAAACAUUCUAGAAUGUUAAUGGUAUAUUGAAAUAGAAAAUAGAUUAAGUGUACUUAACACUUCUGAAAGUAUGUCUGUGGUUUACAGGUGCUUCAAACUUCAGUGAACUUGGGCUUCUCUGAGCUUCAGUUUAAAUAUUCCAUUCACAUUAAAGUUGGUUGGGUUUUUUGGCAUUUUUUAAAUGUCUUUGUUUAGUCUUUCUGAUGUAUUUAGAAGAGGACUAGAGAAACUUUUUUCCUUAAGCAAAUCCGUCUUUAUGGGAAGCUGGAUACAACUUUGAGUUCAGUAUUAUUUGUCAUGAUGUUCUAUGCAGCUAUUUUUCAAAAUAUUCAUGUUAUAAAUGUAAAAGCUUGUACAUUAAAAUACACUAGCCCAGGUUACUCAAAUAUAGUCUAGCUUAAACUCAUGGCAGUGUAUUAAAAUGUUGUGGUAAAUAAGCUUAUGCUUACAAAAAACUUCCAGUUUUAAAUUGCACUUUAAAUAAUUUUGUCAGAUUAGCUACACUGUAGAGACUACAUUGUACAGUAUGUUGUUUUUCUGUCUUACGCAUUAAAUUGAUGGGGAAGAGACCUUGUUAAAAUUAAUGGAUUUAAAAGUUUGGAUCUAGAUUGAUUGGGUGAAUGACAAAGCGCUUUGGAAACUGUGGAGUAUAAGGAAUAGCUUCUGGAUUUGGGAGAGUUCAAGUCUUUGAUUACAAAGAUUGAUGUCUGAAUGCUGUUCCAUGCUUUCAUUUUUAAGAGAUAAGAAGAAUCUCAUAAAUGUGGCUAGUGAGAAGGAAGGAUCAAAUGGAAUACAGUUGUCUUUGAUCGCUUUCUAUCUGGAAUUAAGGAUUUAGAGCACUUAAUAAAUAAAUUGUUUGUCAGUUAAGAGGCCAAAAUAGCCUGUAGUAAUCUUGCCUGUAUCUCACAGAGCUGUGCUGUAAGCCCCAGUUCCUAGAGUAAGGGUUGCUGGAGGUGAUCCUGAAAUUUUUAAUUCAGGACUGUUUAAUACUUGUUGCUAUUAAUUGGUUUUUGAGGAAGAAGAUUUUAUUUCUUGAUUUUUCUUUAAAGGGGGAAGGAAUGGUGAGUUGAUGUGAAUUACAGUGUUUUUGUGUUGACAUUUUGUGCACUGUAAACUGAAAUGCAUUGUAUACAAAUUUUGCUGUAAUUACUUUCAUGCUGUAGUUGUUCUGUCUUCCUAUUUAUAAUGAGAAGUCUACAUUUGAUUUGAUGGUGGUAUAUGUCACAUCAGAUAAAAUGGCAGUUUCUUCCACACUUAUACUUCUUUACUGCAAAAAUAACAGCUAACGGCUGUUAAUAACAGCUUAAACCACCAUUGUCUUGGACAGACUUGUUCCCAGUUGCAAGCUAAAGGCUUUAAGAUAACAUGUAAUGCCUGUCUGAAUCAGUAAUGCAUUAUUGCCUGUUGCACAGUUAAGAAGCAUUUGACUCUGGUUACUAGCACCUGUUACCCAAGCACUUGCUUCCAUAAUCAAGGGGAUUAUAAUUGUUUUUUAAACAAAAGACUGAAAUAUUUCUAAACAGUAUUUGGUUUAAGAUGUGUGGUUUGCUUUAAAUGUAAACAUAAUAAAGUGAUCUAAUAUGUGCACUGA